AUGGCCAAAAAUGCCAAUUUUGAUAAAGAACGCUCUGGUCCUCCGAAAAAGUUUGAAGACGAAGAAUUGGAGGCAUUACUUCAUAAAGACUCAUGUCAGACGCUAGCUGAACUUGAAGAAUCAUUAGGAGUAGAUGACACAACAGUUUCGAAACGUUUAAAAGUACUAGGAAUGAUUCAAAAGCAAGGACAUUGGGUGCCGUACGAGUUGAAGCCGAGAGACGUCAAACGGCGUCUUUCGUGUGAACAGCUGCUUCAACGAAGUUAUUCAAUUUUUUAUGUUCGAGCACGAGCAGACUUUAAACGAGAUUGCCGUCAGCAAACAAAUGUUUCUUGGGUAUCCUUAAAACGAUUAAAGGCUGGUAACACUCAACAGGAUGAUAUGAAAUUAAAAUGUUACAUAAGAUGCUUUCUCUUGAAGAGCGGUCUUCUUAAUAAAGAUAACAAUGUAAAUAUUGAAAAACUACUGCGUCAUCUGCCGCAUAAUAUGCAUAAAUCAUCGAGAAAAGUUUUUAAUCGCUGCAAAUCAAUUCCAUCAGAGCAUGCCUGUGAUAAAGCUUUUCGAAUAGCUAUAUGUUAUGUUAAAGCGCAUCCAUAUGUAAGUAUAUUAUAA